ACCGUGCCCACCGUGCUCACAAGAUUAGGUACCGCUACGAGUCAAGUGAGUACUCGUAGAUUCAGUCAAUGGGGUUAUAACGAAAAAUACCACCCCCGUCAAAAGCUUUCGCUUAACUUUUGGAUCAAGGCUCGGAUACAGAAAGCAGUAAUCCUUGAGACGGCGCGUAUGUUGAGGAGGUUCCUUACUUUGGAGACCUGACAGCCGGUGACUUGGGCAUUUAAAAGCCCCGCAACGGGAGAGAUAGAUUAUUUUUCUAAUAGUUAUAAGUAUAGAAAUUAUAAUAAAUAUAUAUUAAAAUAACCGAUGUUUCAGUUGCCUGACCGAAUAAAAUGGGCGAGGAAGAGCCGGCGACACUAGACGGCCAAUUUUUUGAAUUUGGUAAAAUGAUGGACAAAAAGAGAGAUGGCACAACUAUAACUCUAUACUUCUCAGAUUACUGGUUUAGACAGGCCAAAUUGUUGGACGAUAGAAAAUUAACUAUGACAGAUACCGGCAUAGCAUUUAAUAAAUUUAGUAAAACAGAAUUAAACUGGGACGAAUGGAACGAAUAUCUCACCGAUAUAUGUCAGACGAAGGAACUGGACGAGGAAAAGGUCCGGGAGACUCUUACCAAUUGCGGGUUACCAGGACAAAGUCCUGUAGUAGUGCCCCAGUACAGAGAUUUCUUUUUAACUUAUAAACCAAAAGAGAAGAUGCUAUUCUAAUUGAAGCAGUUUACUUCCACUAUACCUAAGUAGCAAGUCACUAUUCCGUUUUGAGCUGUGCUAUAAAGUUUUAAAAAUAAAAACACACACGUAACAAACGGUAUUUUCUAUUCAAUCCUUUCCAAAUGAAAUAUUUUCAUCAUUGCCCUUUGCAAUGCAUUCUUCAACUUCUUGAUUUUUUUAGGUAGGUACAUCAUCAUUUUAGAAGAGUUUUUUGCGCUUUACAUUGUAACUUAAUAGAAUUAGAAAUUAGAUAAUAUUAUUGAUGGUUUGUGUUGCAUUAUGGUUACUUGCUCUUAA